ACAGGCGUGACCUCGUGUAGUGUCACCGUCCUGUCAAAAAAUAUUUUUAUUUUUAGUAUUUUGAUAUUUUUAGUUUAAUUUGGUAGGUUAUCGAAGGAAUUUAUAUUUAUUAACAAAAAUGGUAGUUAAAGUUUAUAUUAGUGGAAUUUCUGGUAACAAGGAGGUAAAAAAGCGACAGCAAAGAGUCCAAUUAAUCCUUGACUCAAAGAACAUCAAUUAUGAGCUCUUGGAUAUUGCAGAGCCCAAUAUGGAAGAUGCCAAGGAGUAUAUGCAAAACAACUCUAAAAUGAUGGGGGGAACAAUUAGUGACCCUAAUCCAAGGCAUCCCUUGCCUCCACAGAUUUUUAAUGAUGAUGAAUAUUGUGGGGAUUAUGAUGCAUUUGAUAUGGCAAAUGAAAUGGAUGAAAUGGAAAAGUUCCUUAAGUUAUCCCCUGAAGAACAGCCAGAAGCAAAAGUAAUUAAUGGAGAAACUAAAUCUAAAGAAGCAACCCCCGAACAAAACGGUGAUGUAGGUGACGAAAAUGCUGUUAAAGAAAAAUCACCAUCUCCAGAAAAAAAAGAGUCAUCACCCCCAGCUGUUGAUGGAGUAGGAGAAAAUGCCACUGAUGAUCAAAAAGUGGCAGAAAAUGAUGAGAAUCAAACAGUAGAAGAAACUGAGAAGUCUGAAGAGGCAUAAUUUUGCCUUAAAACACAAUUUUUUCGAUUGUGAAUUCAUCCUGCUUAUUUAUUAUCAUUAUUCCUGUUAUCUAUUUCAUUUGUUGUUUAUUCGGUUAAGGUACUAAUCUUUGCUUAAGAUAUUCUAUUUGCUCUUAUACAUCUAUUUAAAUUUAUUAUACAACUUGUAAAUAUAAUAUCAUUAUUUUAUUGACAUUAUAUAUAUUCAUUUUUAUUUCA